AUGGAUGGAUACUCCAGCAAUGUGCCAGCCUUCCUAACCAAGCUCUGGACGCUGGUGGAAGAUCCUGAAACCAACCAUCUCAUCUGCUGGAGCACUAAUGGCACGAGCUUCCAUGUGUUCGACCAAGGCCGGUUUGCCAAGGAGGUGCUGCCCAAGUAUUUCAAACACAACAACAUGGCCAGUUUUGUCCGGCAGCUGAACAUGUACGGCUUCAGGAAGGUGGUGAACAUUGAGCAGGGCGGCCUGGUGAAGCCCGAGCGGGACGACACCGAGUUCCAGCACCUCUGCUUCCUGCAGGGCCACGAGCACCUCCUGGAGCACAUCAAAAGGAAGGUGUCAGUAGUGAAAAGUGAAGAGACCAAGAUGCGUCAGGAGGACCUCAGCAGGUUGCUAUACGAGGUACAGAUACUGAGAAGUCAGCAGGAGAACAUGGAGUGUCAAGUGCAGGACAUGAAGCA